AUGGCUCGUCAUAGAAGAAAAACACAUACCCAUGUUAAGACAAGUGAGGAAGAUCUUGCGAAAAUUCCUCGUUCGAUGGUAAUUGCUGUUGGUGAUGCCCUCAAAAACCAUUCAGUUACUCAGCUUGUUAGCGAUAUGAGGAAUGUCAUGCAACCACACACUGCCAUUAGUUUGAAAGAACGUAAAUCCAACAGACUCAGAGACUUCGUGGUCAUGGCUGGUCCACUUGGGGUGUCUCAUAUGCUUGUUUUCAGUCAAUCUGAUGCCGGGACCGUGAAUAUGCGUUUGACCCGUGUUCCUCAUGGUCCAACCAUCACUUUCAAAGUCAAUAAUUAUUCAUUGUGUAAAGAUGUCAGACGUAUUUUGCGUCAUCCAAAAAGUUUGGACAAAGCGUCUUCGGAAUAUGCUAACCCACCAUUAUUGGUGCUCAAUGGGUUCACCAGUCCUGCCAAAGCAGAACCCCACGAAAAAUUAACCAUUACAUUAUUACAAAGUAUGUUCCCGCCAAUUCAACCACAAAACAUGAAAGUUUCUUCCAUCAAGAGAGUGUUGAUUUUAAACAGAAGCGAGGAUGGGGAAAUCGAUUUACGUCAUUAUAGCAUCAACACUAAACCGGUGGACCUUUCCAAAUCGAUUAAAAAAUUGAUCAAUGCCAAAGAAAAUUCCCAUAAGAAAUUGCCUAACUUAGGGAAAGUUGCCGAUGUUGCUGAUUUUGUGUUGGAUCCGUAUGCUAAUGGUGCAGGGUUCACCAGUGAAUCGGAGGUUGACGACGAUGAAGUUGUGCAAAUCAGUGAAAAUAAUCCACAUUUCAAACAAGAGAAACAGCAACAGGAACCAGAACUGAAAACCAAAAAGAAAGCUGUCAAAUUGACAGAAAUUGGGCCACGUUUGAAACUUGAACUUAUUAAAAUUGAAGAUGAUGUUUGUAGUGGUAAAGUGUUAUACCACGGCCUUGUCAAGAAGACCAAUGCGGAAGUUAAUAAGCUUGAACAACGACAUGCGGUACGUCGUAAGUUGAAGGCCCAGCGGAGAAAAGAACAAGAUGCUAACGUGCAAGCUAAGAAAGAAAAGAAGGAAGCCAAAAAAUUGCGUCGUCAACAGAAAAAGGAAGAACGUGAAAAAAGAUUAGCCGAUGGCGAAGAUGUUAGUGACGAGAGUGAGGAAAGUGAAGAAGAGGAAGAAUCUGAUGAAGAACUUUUCAGUGAUUGA